AUGCUCGCGCGCCCGGUGGUGGGCUCUCGGGCGGCGGUGAGCGCGGGGUGCGCCGCCCGCCGCCCCGCGGCGCGGCCCGCGGGCCUGAGCCGGCGCAUCGUGGCCCGCGCGGAGGAGGAGGGCUCGCCAGGGCCGAGCGCACCCGUCAAGGGCGAGGAGGAGAAGGAGAAGGCCAAGCCGGCGUCCGAGGAGCCGGUUUGGGUCCGGAGGGAGAAGGAGGCGGCCGCUGCCAAGGAGAGGGGCGACCUGCCGUUCGGGCUGUACCUCAUCGCGUCGUCCCUGGUCGCCAUCGCGGCGAUCGGCUCGAUCUUCGAGUACCAGGCAAAGAACCCCAUCUUUGGGGUUGUCCAGCCAGACUCCCCCCUCUGGGCGCCCAUCCUCCUCUUCUUCGCCGUCACAGGGAUCCCGUCGUCCGCGUUCCUCUUCUACAAGUGCAUCAGCGUAGCCAACGCAGACGCCGAGCGCAUGGACCAGAUGGACGGCUACUGA